AGUCUAACGAGGAAGACAGACCAGAAACUUUUAAGACGUUGUGCGCGAGGCUGUGAGGUUAUAUUUUUUCGACUUCCUAACACAGAGAGAGUCCCAUAAACCUCCCUGAGGGAUAACAAGCUGUCACCGUGCCAUACAGGACGGUGCGUUACCGAAGGCGCUGAACAGCUGAUGGAGUCCAUCAUCAGAGACUUUGAGGCCUCUGUAUCAUUGAUGUGGGUCUGUGUGCAGAAUACACAGAAGUAAGAACACAUGGCAUCUACAACAUCGUCUGCCUUACAUUACGUCAAGAAUCAAAGAUGUCGCCUUGUGGGAAAAUUAAAGAAUCUUUCAGUGAUUCUGGAGAACUUGAACCAGGAGAACUCGGAUAAGAAAAGAGUUUUAAAUGAUGAGGAGGUCUGUGAAAUAGAGCAAGCAGAGAAAACCGACUACGAUAAAACCAGAAAAAUUCUGGACUCAGUCAUAAAAAAAGGGGAAGCAGCCUGCUAUGAGUUCCUCAGGAUUAUUUACAUGACGAGGAAGAGGACAUUAGAUCCUGACCUGCACCACUGGAUCAGCUGCUUUCCUUUCAAGGAAGACCCACAAAUGGAUUCAAACUACCUACAAGGCUCAAGGCCGUGCCACAGAUAUCAGAAAAAGUUGAAGUCAAAAGCACAACAAAUAUCAGAUAAGUUUUGGAUGGCAAACAAAAAUCAGUUUAACGGAAACAACAAGCCUGAUCUGUCGUAUAUGUCACUUGUGUUAGACAAACAAGAAAAUGUUUCUCCAUCUAAAAUAAAGAAGUCAAAGAACAAGAAAAUGAAGAUGAGUCGCAAGAAAAAGCUACGGACGUACAUCCCUGAGGUCAAAGCAGACAUUUCCCCCAGUGAGCUGCUGAAAACAAGAAAACAUCAAAACAUCCUCCUGGUUGGUAAACCUGGAAUUGGAAAGACAGCACUCGCUCAUGAAAUGUUAAAACUCUGGGCACAAAGAGACAACGAGGUGCUCGAUUACAUGUUUUACUUUGACAUGAGACAAACAUCCCACAUCAGGACGGACACGAGCUUGGAGGACCUCCUCUUCAGUGUGUUCAGUGAACCAGAUGAAGGCAAAGAAGAGGUCUUACAGGACAUUAAGCUGAACUCUGACAACGUUACACUCAUCUUUGAUGGAGUCACAGAUCUGUCUUCAUCAGUGCUGAAGAGACUUGUAGAGAAGGACAUACUACCUGAUGCUAAAGUCAUCGUGACUUGCAGACAGGAUGAUGAGGAAGAGUUUGCUUCUAAGGACUUUUUCAGAGUGGAAGUAAAAGGCUUUAGUGAGCAGACUAUAAAAACAUACUUAUCUGCAAUGCUCGGCAAAGAACGGAAGGUUGUGACCAACGUGGAGUUGUUAACUCUGUGCCAUGUCCCAAUGUAUGCACUGAUGGUGGCUGUCUGCUUUUCAUUUGAGACACCAGAAGACUCUCCACAGCCAUGCACCAUUACUGAAAUCUACAUCAAUAUUGUUCGUUUUUGCCUUCAAGUAAACAGCAACAACACAAAAGCAAAAUAUCUAAAUCCCUUGAUCAACAACAAGAGUAAGGAAAUACUGUCUUUGGCUGAGGCUGCUUUUCAUGCAACUGAAGGAAAAACUGUGAACUUGACAGAACGUCCCUGUGAGGACAGCUGUGUCCUUUGCUUUCUUAAAGCACUUUUUGUCAAAGUCCGCCCUACUGAGACAAAAGCCACAUAUGCAUUUCUCCAUUACACAAUGCAGGAGUUUUUUGCAGCUCUGUGGCUCUUAAAGAAUCCAGAGAAUAUCAAGGAUGUUUUUCAGCAAUGCCUCACAGAGGAGAAGAAACACAUGAAACAUCUGAUCCCUUUCAUGUGUGGAUUGUUAAAUGACAAGAGCACUAGUUUGAUGAAUUGUCUGAUUCCAGCUCAGGAGCUCAAGAAUACAUCUAACUGGUUCUUCAAGGAAUUGAUGACCAUGUUUUUCAACAGUGAGCUUGAGGAGGACAUACUCUUCUUCUGUCAGUGUUUGUAUGAGUCCCAGUGCCCUGAAGCAUGCGUCCACCUUCUGGACAAACUGGGCUGCCAUCUUGAUCUCAGUGGAGAGACUCUCGAUCCUUACCCUUGCUGCGCUGUGGCCUAUGUGGUCACUCAGUCAAAGAGGAAAAUAUCCCUGAACCUUGAGGACGUCACGGUGUCAGAACAAGGAAUGACACGACUAUUUGGAUGCCUUGAAAAUGUCCAAUGGUGUGACCCUCUGCCACAGCAUCUUUGGAGGAUUUUUCUUCUCAGUGAAGGACAGAUGGACCCCAUCGCCUUACUUGGCCUUGAUGGAAAUCGGCUGCACCUUCCAGUUGGGGGUAAUAAACAGCUGUAUGAAAGGGCAGUAAAAGUGGUGCAGAAGAUGACUACGAAGGUUAAUGUCUGCCUCCACUGGGAUAAGGAAGCUCCUGUCUGCAGGAGUCUGUGUGAGACUCUCUUUGAGGCUUUGCCUCACAUCAGCUCACUCAGUUUCGUGCCCAAGUUAUCAAGAUCUUCAGAAGAAAUCCGGUUCUUUGUGAAUCUGUUCUGUGCAGCAGAGAGAGAACAGAAAACACAAGAGAAGACUCUGGAGCUGUUAUCAGUGUGCAGAUAUCAAACACUCCCUAUUAAACCGAAAUGGUGGGAUUUCCUGCUGGACCUGUACUCUAAUGAUCCUGAAACAGGUCUGAGUCUCCUUCCAUCAUUACAGUCAGUUUUCCAGUCAGCUCCUGCAGUCUGGACCAUAAACCUCUCAGAGAGAAAGAGCUCCAUCCUCCUGGAAGUGCUGAAACUCCAAUCAGAGAAGAAACCAGUGGAGCUGACAGGCUGCUCAGAUGAAGAGAGUGAAGUGAGGAGUUUCCUACAGUGUCUGCCUUAUAUCUCACAGCUCAGUUUCGUGCCCAAGUUAUCAAGAUCUUCAGAAGAAAUCCGGUUCUUUGUGAAUCUGUUCUGUGCAGCAGAGAGAGAACAGAAAACAAAACGGAAGACCCUGGAGCUGUUAUCAGUGUGCAGAUAUCAAACACUCCCUCUUAAACUGAAAUGGUGUGAUUUCCUGCUGGACCUGUACUCAAAUAAUCCUGAAUCAGGUCUGAGUCUCCUUCCAUCAUUACAGUCAGUUUUCCAGUCAGCUCCUGCAGUCUGGACCAUAAACCUCUCAGAGAGAAAGAGCUCCAUCCUCCUGGAAGUGCUGAAACUCCAAUCAGAGAAGAAACCAGUGGAGCUGACAGGCUGCUCAGAUGAAGAGAGUGAAGUGAGGAGUUUCCUACAGUGUCUGCCUUAUAUCUCACAGCUCAGUGUUCCUCGGUGGUCAGAUCGAUCUAAAGGAGUCAGGAUCUUUGUGAAUCUGUUCUGUGCAGCAGAGAGAGAACAGCUGACAGGAGAGAAGACUCUGGAGCUGUUAUCAUCAGUGUGCACAUAUCAAACAUUCCCUUUAAGAGACCUGAGUUAUAAUUAUUAUGAUGAUGAUGACACCAUAAAUGAAUAUCUGAGUGAUUUCCUGCUGGAUCUGUGCUCCCACCUGAAGGACUAUGAGACUGAAACAGGUCUGAGUCUCCUUCCAUCACUACAGUCAGUUUUCCAGUCAGCUCCUGCAGUCUGGACCAUAAACCUCUCAGAGAGAAAGAGCUCCAUCCUCCUGGAAGUGCUGAAACUCCAAUCAGAGAAGAAACCAGUGGAGCUGACAGGCUGCUCAGAUGAAGAGAGUGAAGUGAGGAGUUUCCUACAGUGUUUGCCUUAUAUCUCACAGCUCAGUGUUCCUCAGUGGCCAGAUCCAUCUAAAGGAGUCAGGAUCUUUGUGAAUCUGUUCUGUGCAGCAGAGAGAGAACAGCUGACAGGAGAGAAGACUCUGGAGCUGUUAUCAUCAGUGUGCAGAUAUGAAACAUUCCCUUUUAGAGACUGGGAUUAUGAUGACUAUCAGAGAGAUUUCCUGCUGGAUCUGUACUCCCACCUGAAGGACUAUGAGACUGAAACAGGUCUGAGUCUCCUUCCAUCAUUACAGUCAGUUUUCCAGUCAGCUCCUGCAGUCUGGACCAUAAACCUCUCAGAGAGAAAGAGCUCCAUCCUCCUGGAAGUGCUGAAACUCCAAUCAGAGAAGAAACCAGUGGAGCUGACAGGCUGCUCAGAUGAAGAGAGUGAAGUGAGGAGUUUCCUACAGUGUCUGCCUUAUAUCUCACAGCUCAGUUAUGAUCCUCGUUGGUCAGAUCCAUCUAAAGGAGUCAGGAUCUUUGUGAAUCUGUUCUGUGCAGCAGAGAGAGAACAGCUGACAGGAGAGAAGACUCUGGAGCUGUUAUCAUCAGUGUGCACAUAUGAAACAUUCCCUUUUAGAGACCGGAGUUAUGAUGAAUAUCAGACAGAUUUCCUGCUGGAUCUGUUCUCUCACCUGAAGGACUAUGAUCCUGAAACAGGUCUGAGUCUCCUUCCAUCAUUACAGUCAGUUUUCCAGUCAGCUCCUGCAGUCUGGACCAUAAACCUCUCAAAGAGAAAGAGCUCCAUCCUCCUGGAAGUGCUGAAACUCCAAUCAGAGAAGAAACCAGUGAAGCUGACAGGCUGCUCAGAUGAAGAGAGUGAAGUGAGGAGUUUCCUACAGUGUCUGCCUUAUAUCUCACAGCUCAGUUUCGUGCCCAAGUUAUCAAGAUCUUCAGAAGAAAUACGGUUCUUUGUGAAUCUGUUCUGUGCAGCAAAAAGAGAACAGAAAGCAAAAGAGAAGACUCUGGAGCUGUUAUCAGUGUGCAGAUAUCAAACACUCCCUCUUAGACUGAAAUGGUGGGAUUUCCUGCUGGACCUGUACUCAAAUGAUCCUGAAACAGGUCUGAGUCUCCUUCCAUCAUUACAGUCAGUUUUCCAGUCAGCUCCUGCAGUCUGGACCAUAAACCUCUCAGAGAGAAAGAGCUCCAUCCUCCUGGAAGUGCUGAAACUCCAAUCAGAGAAGAAACCAGUGGAGCUGACAGGCUGCUCAGAUGAAGAGAGUGAAGUGAGGAGUUUCCUACAGUGUCUGCCUUAUAUCUCACAGCUCAGUUUCGUGCCCAAGUUAUCAAGAUCUUCAGAAGAAAUACGGUUCUUUGUGAAUCUGUUCUGUGCAGCAGAGAGAGAACAGAAAACAAAAGAGAAGAAUCUGGAGCUGUUAUCAGUGUGCAGAUAUCAAACACUCCCUCUUGAACUGAAAUGGUGGGAUUUCCUGCUGGACCUGUACUCAAAUGAUCCUGAAUCAGGUCUGAGUCUCCUUCCAUCACUACAGUCAGUUUUCCAGUCAGCUCCUGCAGUCUGGAACAUAAACCUCUCAGAGAGAAAGAGCUCCAUCCUCCUGGAAGUGCUGAAACUCCAAUCAGAGAAGAAACCAGUGGAGCUGACAGGCUGCUCAGAUGAAGAGAGUGAAGUGAGGAGUUUCCUACAGUGUCUGCCUUAUAUCUCACAGCUCAGUGUUCCUCGGCGGUCAGAUCGAUCUAAAGGAGUCAGGAUCUUUGUGAAUCUGUUCUGUGCAGCAGAGAGAGAACAGCUGACAGGAGAGAAGACUCUGGAGCUGUUAUCAUCAGUGUGCACAUAUCAAACAUUCCCUUUUAAACACUGGGGUUAUAAUGAAUAUCAGAGUGAUUUCCUGCUGGAUCUGUACUCCCACCUGAAGGACUAUGAGACUGAAACAGGUCUGAGUCUCCUUCCAUCAUUACGGUCAGUUUUCCAGUCAGCUCCUGCAGUCUGGACCAUAAACCUCUCAGAGAGAAAGAGCUCCAUCCUCCUGGAAGUGCUGAAACUCCAAUCAGAGAAGAAACCAGUGGAGCUGACAGGCUGCUCAGAUGAAGAGAGUGAAGUGAGGAGUUUCCUACAGUGUCUGCCUUAUAUCUCACAGCUCAGUGUUCCUUGGUCGUCAGAUCGAUCUGAAGGAGUCAGGAUCUUUGUGAAUCUGUUCUGUGUGCAGCAGAGAGAGAACAGCUGACAGGAGAGAAGACUCUGGAGCUGUUAUCAU